AUGUCGGAGGGGCCGUCCGAUUUGUCCAAUUCGCAUCUAGAGCCCCCCAGGAAGACUACUGAGAUGCAAGAUCCAGGAGCUGGUAGCCAUACAGAGUCCGAAAGCGAAGAUGAACACUUCUCAGACGCCAGCGAAGGCAUUCCAGAGCCCCAGUCGCUCCCACAAUCCGGUCGCACUUCCCCUGUCCCGCGCACGCGAGUCGAGAGGGUCGACAGUAGCGCCCAAAAUGGCGAUGUUCCAGGGACAGCGGCAUUUGAAAAGAGAGAACAGGAUGCAGUGCCUGACGAGAUCGAAGUGGUUCCGGAAGGUGCACACAGCCAGAACUACUCGGCCGCGGGGCCUGAGGACCGACCUUUGAGCCCCCGGGGCUCCCCUAUUCCACGGACAGUGGUUGAAAAGGUUGACCCGAGUGAGCCUAGCUACGGCGAAGUACCAGGCACGCAGGCACACGAAAAACGCCUCGCCGAUGCCGUACCCGAUGUGGUGACCAAAGCGUCGGAUUUGGAGGGCAGCCCAACACCGCCAGCGCUAGACCCUACAUCACCUCAACUCAAUAUAUCCGAAACCGUCAUUCCUGAGACACGACUUGAGCGAGUGGAUACAUUACCCGCCGACGAAGACGUGCCAUCACAUCCACAAGCUCACCAGAGCUCACCAAGUGACACAUUACCCGAUACGGUAGAAACCGUUCCCGAUGUCUCUUUAUCAAAUUACCCGGAACCGCCAGUCCAGGACCUCUCCCUGGAGAUUAAUGCGAACGAAUAUGACGAAUACGACGAGCAAGAAGAAGGAGAAGCGGGGGACGAUUUUGACGAAUUUGUAGAAGAGCAGGAUGACAUGGAAGACGAUGACUUUGGGGAUUUCGAUGACGGCUUCCAAGAGCCCAGCACAGAGGACGCAGACGAACCACCAGCAGAUGGAAUCGCGUCCCAACAUAACGCCCCUCCAGUCCCACCACUCACCGAUUUUAACACCUUCACCUCAACAACUGAACUCCUAAGUUCCCUCCAGGAUACCCUCAACACCCUCUUCCCAUCAUCGACAGACCUCUCCUCUCUCCCAGCAGUCGAGCCAAUCCCAGACUCUUCUGCAAUCUUUAGCACAGAGCGCUCCCUCUCCCUCUGGUCCCAACUCGUCGCUCCCCCACCCCUCCAACCCCAAAAUUGGGUCAAAUCCCGCAUUCGCCGCCUCUUCCUCGUCUCCCUAGGAGUCCCCGUCGACCUCGACGAGAUCCUCCCCGCCUCAAAACAGAAAAAGCUCGUCCUGCCUUCCAUCGACCUAGAAGGUUCCGGCAGGAAGAGUCCUGCCCCCUCACCCCAACCACAAGACAAUGCCCAAGACUCUGAAAAGGGCCAAGCGCCCCCUCGAAAGACUCGUCGUGGCGCUCCAUCUGCGCCGGAAAUGGAUCUCUCCGCUGUUCGCCGGCUGUGCGCGACUACUGAUGCUGCGCUGAAUGGUCUGACGGAUUCGGAGUUGAAGUUGCAUGUCAAGGAGCUGGAGACUGCUGCUCAGCAAGCGAGUUCGGUUCUCGAGCAUUGGCUCAAGAGGCGGGAUGGGCUUAUUGGUGAAAAAGAGGCUUUCGAGGGUGUUAUUGAGAACCUCGUUAGUCAUGUCAGGAGAGUUAGGAAAUAG